AUGCGCGAUUUGCACGACCGCUACGGUCCCGUUGUGCGUAUCGCCCCCAAUGAGCUCGCCUUCAAUGACACCACAGCCUGGAAGGAUAUCUAUGGACACCGCAUCGGUGAGCAUGAUAGCCAGGACGAGAACGAGAAGUGGAUCGUGGCGUAUGCUGGUAGCAAGAAUGCCCCCCGAAGCAUGCUGAGCGCGCCGAGGGCCGAGCACGCUUAUUUGAGGCGGCUAUUGAGCCAUGGCUUCUCUGAUCGAAGCCUGAGAGCUCAGGAGAGCAUGAUCAGGAGCCACGUAGACCUGCUCGUGUCACAGCUGCGCGAGGUAGGAGGGAACGGAGAGAAGCGCGUCAAUAUGAGAGACUGGGUCUCUUAUACUACUUUUGAUAUUAUCGGUGAGCUUUAA